AUGCAUAUUCGGGAUGCAGUUGCUGCCUCAAAGUAUGCUGAAAUAGUUGAUAUAGUCCGUGAUAAACUUAAACUCUCAAAAGUUGUUUUUUUCUAUAUGUUUGGUCAAACAUUACAAAGAACAGUUGAUCAUGUUAAAUUUUUAUUUAGAGAAACAACCAUUAGAGAAGUCGAUAUCAUUCUUAUGGUUGGUGGGUUUUCAGAAUCACAGUUGCUGCAGCAAGCUCUGAAAGAAGCAUUUCCGAAUAAAGAAAUAGUCGUUCCAUUUAACCCUUCAUCGUGUGUACUAAGAGGUGCCUUGAUGUAUGGCCAUACACCUUUGACGAUAAAUGGCAGAAUUCUAAAGUAUACAUAUGGCGUAGAAUCAUGUAUAGACUUUAAAGAAGGUCACCACCCGGAUAAGAAGAAAAUAAAUACGGAUGCCGGGUUUUGCUGUGAAGAUAAAUUUUCAAUCUUUGUGGCGAAAGAUACCGUUGUUAAGUCAAAUGACACGUACAUCAAAAAAAGAUUUACGACACUUUACAAGUAUCAAAAAGCAAUGACUGUUAGUUGCUUCCUAUCUGAGAAGAAAAAUCCAAAUUAUGUUGAUGAAGAUGGAUGUUUAGAAAUAGCACAAAUUGAAAUAUAUCUUGACAAUCCUGACGAACGUUUAGACCGCACAGUUAGUGUCUCUAUGGCGUUUGGUGAUACAGAAAUCACGGUGGAUGCUGAGGAUGAAAGAACCGGGAAUAAAGCAAGAGCAGUUAUAGAUUUUCUAGGUUGA